AUGUCGAGAAGAAACCCUACAGGCAAAGGCAAACAAACCGGCGAAGAUAUGCCUUCAGACACCCAUGCCAUCUCUUCGUCCCUUAGCGGAAUUGCAGUCUCUCCUCGAACUUCAAAACACGCCCACCGGUCUAGUAUGGAGGACGACACGGUUGACGAGGUAGAGCUUAGCCUUUUGGGGGAAGAAGAACGUCGUGAGGCUGCCCAUGGACUCGAUAUUGAGGAGCAACAUGUCCAACCACAUUCCUUAUCCACCGAAGACAAAAAGGCCAUGGUUUUGCUGUGUGUUCUAUACCUAAUACAAGGGGUUCCUUUGGGUCUCGCUCUCGGAUCGGUCCCUUUUAUUCUCAGAGAGAAUUUAUCAUACUCGCAGCUGGGGACCUUUGCGCUCUCCGGCUAUCCAUAUUCCCUUAAAUUGUUAUGGUCUCCCAUCGUGGACUCAGUCUUCAUUCCGUCUAUUGGCCGCCGCAAGUCUUGGAUUAUACCAAUGCAACUUAUAAUCGGAACUCUCAUGCUCUAUAUUUCCCUCAACGUGCAAGUAUUAAUGGACAACGCAAGCCACCAUGUCGGACAGCUCACCUUCCUUUUCACCUCCCUCGUUUUCUUCUCGGCUACGCAAGAUAUCGCAGUCGACGGAUGGGCUCUUACCCUCCUCUCACCCGAAAGUCUAUCGUAUGCAUCAACAUGCCAAACUAUCGGCCUGAACACGGGAUUCUUCGCGUCGUUUACCGUGUUUCUCGCGUUUAACAGUGAAGCUUUCGCGACCAAAUGGGGUGUACCACAUCUCAGUCUUAGUGGCUACCUGAAGUUCUGGUGUGUUAUGUCCUACGCAGUUAGUCUGUGGCUACUGUUUGCCAAAAAGGAGAGGAAAGAAGCGCUCAGCGAUGUUGAUCUCAGUAUCAGCGCCGUGUAUAAGCAGAUAUGGGCCAUUUGCAAGCUUCGCCAUGUUCAGCUACUUAUUCUCAUGCAUCUGUUUGCCAAAAUUGGGUUCGCCGCCAACGAGGCUGCGACAUCCCUCAAGAUGGUUGAAAAAGGUUUCCUUCGAGAGGAUUUGGCUAUCGCCGUUCUCAUUGACUUCCCCUUCCAAAUCACCGGUGGAUGGCUAGCCGCAAAAUGGUCACGAGGAGACCAUCCUUUGCGCCCUUGGCUUAUCGCCUUUUGGCCACGUCUCGGGUUCGCCCUCAUGGCGACACUGAUUGUGUACUGGUUCCCCAGACCACCAAUUACCAUGGGCUUCUUCAUUUUCCUCAUCAUUCACACCGUCUUUUCCUCGUUCGCGAGCACAGUCCAAUUUGUAGGAAUUUCAGCGUUCCAUACUCGAAUUUCCGACCCACUCAUCGGAGGGACAUACAUGACGCUUCUGAACACAUUCACAAACAUGGGCGGGACAUGGCCGAAGUGGUUUGUGCUCAAAGGUGUCGACUUGUUCUCUGAGGCCACAUGCAAAGUGAAAUCGGGCAGCACACCACUGCUCACAAAAGGCAUGUCAGAGACCGAUCACUCCCAUCAAAUGUUAAUCCUCUUGAUAGUGUCUGAAUGUGUGUCUGACGCAGGUAAAGAGGCCUGCAAGGCUGCUGGAGGAGAGUGCCACAUCGAAAAAGAUGGGUACUACGUCGUUUCCGGAAUUUGCAUGGUGUUUGGAGCAGCAUUCUUGGUAUUCUACAUCAUUCCAACGGCUCGACGUCUACAGGCGCUGCCUACAUCGGCGUGGCGGGUGAAGAUGAGUUGA